AAAAGCUAUUAUUAUUGUGUGCAUGGCCCCACACCUCCUCCCUCCCUCCCUCCUGCAUACAAUAAUAAAUAGCAAUUUUGUGAAGCCAGGUAUCCUCCCCUUUUAAGUGGGCUGGGGUAUAAGGCCUGCACCUCAGAUGUCUCUAUCUGCUGAGCUAUCUCACCGGCCCUUUUAAGCACUCUUGGAAGCUUAAGUCUAUGUGGAAGCUCUGCUUGCCAUUUGUUGAAAGCAAAUAUCAGAAGCUUCUUUUUUUUUUUUUUUUUUCUGAAAUAGGUUCUCAAUGUGUACCUUUGGCUGUCCUAGAACUCACUAUGUAGACCAGGAUGGCCUCAAAUUCCCUAUGUAGCCAAUAAUGGCCUUGAACAGCUGAUCCUCCUGCCGCUUCCAAAUGCUGAGAUUACAGGUGCGUACCACCACACUUGGUUUAUAUGGUGUUCAAGAUUGAAUUUAAGGGCUGGAGAGGUGGCUCAGAGGUUAAGAGCACUGGCUGCUCUUCCAGAGGUUCUGAGUUCAAUUCCCAGCAACCACAUGGUGGCUCACAACCAUCUGUAAUGAGAUCUGGUGCCCUCUUCUGACCUGCAGAUGUACUUGCAGUCAGAACACUAUAUACAUAGUAAAUAAAUCUUAAGGUUCAGAACAUUAUACUAAGCAAAUACCACCAACUAAACUAUAUCCGUAGGCUCUAGCCCAACAGAUUUUUCCUGUUUGUCAAAUUUGAAAUGUCUCCAAGUAUUCUCAUUUUUUAAUCGAUGAUAGAGACUUAGAGAAAAUAAGACUUACACUGAAAAUAGCUCUGAGCUGCAUACUCAGCUUCUAAAGGUUGCUGUGGCGUUAGCAGGACAAUUGUUACAUCAACGAUCGCAGUCUCAUCAGAAUUGGACUGUGUGAGGUUCUAGGUGAGAAUUCUGUCAUUGCUUCCAGUGAUGGCUUUGGAAAAAGAUGCCUGUCCUGCUUUACCGAAAUUGGACAAUAUCUGCGCAGCAGAGAACCAAUCUAAGCCUGCCAAUAAGUGUGAGGAAAUUCACUUACCACGGUUCUCACUAAAGCAAGGCAUGAUCCCGACACGUUACGUUAUGCCUUGGAAAGAAAACAUGAAAUUCAGGAAUGUGAAUCUGAAGCAAGCCGAAGCAUGUGGGAUCUAUGCUGGCCCCUUGGAGGACUCUCUGUUCUGGGGCUACAGCGAGCGGCUUUGCCAUGGGGAAGAUCGAAAAGUCGUCCUGAAGAAAGGCCUGCCGGAGAUAAAGAUUGCCGACAUGCCUUUGCAUUCACCUCUCUCCAGAUACCAGAGCACUGUGAUCUCCCAUGGCUUCAGGAGGCGGCUGAUUUGAUGUGCCAACCUGGGGGUAGCGGUGUGCUUGCCUGAUGUACAACAGGCUCAGGGUUCAAAUCCUAUUACUACUAAAAAAGAAUAAAAUGAUAUAGCAGUCCAA